UGGCAAUAAUAGUGCAGUGACGCGGCUGGGAUGUCGAACGAACGAUAUUUUGUGUAAUUUUUGUCGUGGAAAGUGUUUAUAUUCAUUAUUUACAUAAAUUAAUAGAAAUUGUUAAUACAGUACUGUAUUCAACAUGGAGCAGAUUCCACCACCCAAGGAGGUAAAGAUCCUCGAGACAGCUGAAGACAUUCAGGAACGACGUGAACAGGUUCUGAAUCGUUAUGAAGACUUCAAGCAAGAGGCUCGCGCUAAGCGUGAGAAACUGGAAGAUUCCCGACGCUUCCAAUACUUUAAGCGUGAUGCCGACGAGCUUGAAUCCUGGAUUCAGGAGAAAUUGCAAGCUGCUAGCGAUGAAAGCUACAAAGACCCUACUAACCUGCAGGCUAAGAUCCAAAAACACCAAGCCUUUGAGGCUGAAGUAGCUGCCCAUUCCAAUGCUAUCGUUGUUCUGGACAACACUGGCAGUGAGAUGAUCUCUGCCGGUCACUUUGCGUCUGACACCAUUCGCAAACGGUUGGAUGAGUUGCACCGUUUAUGGGAGCUUCUGCUCUCACGCCUCGCUGAAAAGGGAAUGAAACUUCAGCAGGCGUUGGUGCUUGUGCAAUUCUUGAGGCACUGCGAUGAAGUCAUGUUUUGGAUUCAUGACAAGGAAACAUUUGUAUGUGCGGAAGAAUUUGGCUCGGAUUUGGAACAUGUUGAGGUCCUCCAGCGCAAAUUUGACGAGUUCCAAAAGGACAUGGCGGCGCAAGAGUACCGCGUCACUGAAGUGAAUCAGCUGGCUGAGAGACUGGUGCUCGAAGGACAUCCCGAGAGGGAGACCAUCGUUAAGAGGAAGGAUGAGCUGAAUGAAGCCUGGCAGCGCCUCCGUCAAAUGGCGCUGAUGCGUCAAGAGCGUUUAUUCGGUGCUCAUGAGAUUCAACGUUUCAACCGUGAUGCCGAUGAGACAAUCGCUUGGAUCUCGGAGAAGGACGUGGUUCUUGGAUCUGACGACUAUGGACGCGAUCUUGCUACUGUACAGACUUUGCAGCGUAAACACGAGGGUGUGGAGCGUGACCUGGCCGCUUUAGAAGACAAAGUGGCCACUCUGGAUGGAGAGGCUGCUCGCUUGGCUGACAUCCACGGGGACCACUCUUCAGCCAUACACAGCAAGCGGGAUGAAAUCACCACUGCUUGGCAGCGGCUUGUACAGAAGGCUCAGGAACGUCGUCUAGCACUUGAGUCAUCAUAUGCUCUACACCGUUUCCUGGCUGACUACCGUGACCUCAUCUCUUGGAUGAGUGACAUUCGCGCUUUGAUCGCAGCCGACGACCUCGCUAAGGAUGUGCCCGGAGCUGAGGCAUUGCUUGAGAGACAUCAGGAACAUAAGGGCGAAAUGGACGCGCGUGAGGAUGUUAUGGCUGCGUGCCUAUCCAGCGGUGAAGCCCUCGUAUCGGGCGGACAUCGCGGUUCAAGCGAAGUGCAAUCCGCUCUUGACUCUCUCCGAUCUGAGGCAGCGGCCCUUAACUCGUUAUGGGAACAACGCAGAGUCCUCUACCUGCAAUGUAUGGAUCUGCAGCUAUUCUACCGGGAUACAGAACAAGCAGAUGCCUGGAUGCACAAGCAAGAGGCCUUCCUUGCUAACGAAGACGUUGGUGACUCUUUAGACUCUGUUGAAGCUCUCCUCAAAAAGCACGAAGACUUUGAGAAGUCUCUGGCGGCUCAGGAAGAAAAGAUUAAAGCGCUGGAUGAAUUCGCCACUAAAUUGAUUGAGGGACAGCAUUAUGCGGCUGAUGAUGUUGCGCAAAGGAGAGAAAUGUUAUUGGAGCGACGCGCAGCCCUGUUAGAGAAGUCGAAUCAGCGUCGCGCCCUCCUCGAAGAUGCCUACAAGUACCAGCAGUUCGAAAGAGACUGUGACGAGACCAAAGGGUGGAUAAACGAGAAACUAAAAUUCGCGACUGACGACUCUUACCUGGACCCCACCAACCUUAACGGCAAGGUGCAGAAACAUGGCAACUUUGAACAAGAGCUGUUGGCCAACAAGCCAAGAGUGGACGAGAUCACUACCACUGGGCAUAAGCUUUUGGAACAGGAACAUUUUGCUAAACCCCAAAUCUCAACCCGGGUUGAGGAACUUGGUGCAUCAUGGGAAAAGCUGGUGCAAGCAUCAGAGCUGAAGGGAUCCAAGUUGCAGGAGGCCUCGGCUCAGCAGCAGUACAACAGGGCAGCUGAGGACAUAGAACUGUGGUUGUCUGAAGUUGAAGGUCAACUGCUUAGUGAGGACUAUGGAAAGGAUCUGACCAGCGUUCAGAAUCUGCAGAAGAAGCAUGCCCUACUUGAGGCAGACGUGAGCUCACACGCGGAACGAGUUGACGCGCUACGAACGCAAGCGGAGCAGUUCAUCGAGAAGGGACAUUUUGACGCGGAUAAUAUUAGACACAAAAUUGAAGCUUUAGUAGCUCGCUACGCGGCCCUAGAAAAACCGAUGGCCAUACGUAAACGACGACUUCUUGACUCGCUUCAAGCACAACAGCUGUUCAGGGACCUUGAUGACGAAGCUGCCUGGAUCCGGGAGAAGGAACCAAUUAUUGCAUCCACCAACAGAGGUCGUGACCUCAUCGGUGUCCAAAACCUGAUGAAGAAGCACCAAGCAGUGAUGGGAGAGAUGGGUCAGCACGAAGCCCGCGUAGAAGCAGUCAGGGCCGCGGGCCAGGCCCUGAUCGACGCGCAGCACUUUGCGGCCGACGACAUUGCGUCCCGCUUGCAACAUCUGCACAAGACGUGGACCCACUUACAUGAGAAAGCAUUGCAGCGCAAACAAGACCUGGAAGAUUCCCUACAAGCGCAACAGUACUUCGCCGAUGCCAACGAGGCAGAAUCCUGGAUCCGUGAAAAGGAGCCGAUGGCGAACACCCAGGACUACGGGAAGGAUGAAGACUCCUCCGAGGCUCUCUUGAAGAAGCACGAGGCGCUUUUGUCCGAUCUGGAGGCAUUUGGUAACACCAUUAAAGCGUUGAGGGAACAGGCUGACUCGUGUCGGCAACAAGAAUCGCCUGUAGUCGAUGUAUCAGGCAAGGAAUGUGUAGUGGCCCUAUAUGAUUACGCGGAGAAGUCCCCGCGUGAAGUCUCAAUGAAACGUGGCGAUGUUCUUACACUGCUGAAUUCUAAUAAUAAGGAUUGGUGGAAAGUAGAAGUAAACGAUCGUCAAGGAUUCGUCCCAGCCGCCUACGUGAAGAAGAUCGAGGCCGGUCUUUCUUCCAGCCAGCAGAACCUAGCUGACUCCAACUCUAUUGCUGCUAGACAAAACCAGAUCGAAGGCCAAUAUGACAACCUCCUGGGUCUUGCACGCGAGCGUCAGAACAAACUCAAUGAGGCUGUCAAGGCUUUCGUGUUGGUGCGAGAAGCAGCGGAACUGGCCACUUGGAUCAAGGAUAAGGAAAUGCACGCUCAAGUUCAAGACGUUGGCGAAGACCUGGAGCAAGUUGAGGUGAUGCAGAAGAAGUUCGACGACUUCCAGAACGAUUUGCGCGCUAAUGAAGUACGCCUGGCUGAGAUGAAUGAGAUCGCUGUUCAACUCAUGACUGUCGGACAGACUGAGGCAGCCCUAAAGAUCAAGACUCAGAUGCAGGAAUUGAAUUCUAAAUGGUCUUCGCUUCAACAACUAACGGCGGAGCGGGCAGCUCAACUCGGCUCAGCUCAUGAGGUUCAACGUUUCCACCGAGACGUAGAUGAGACGAAAGACUGGAUUGCGGAGAAGGAACACGCACUUGCUACCACUGACCUUGGCAAGGAUCUACGAUCUGUGCAGACGUUGCAACGGAAACAUGAGGGUCUCGAACGCGAUCUCGCAGCCUUAGGCGACAAGAUCCGUCAAUUGGACGAUACGGCAAACCGUCUCAUCCGUACACACGGCGACUCAGCUGACGCGACGUACAGCAAACAACGCGAAAUCAACGAUGCGUGGCAACAGUUGCAGGCCAGAGCCAACGCCAGAAAGGAGAAAUUGCUCGACUCUUAUGAUUUACAACGAUUCCUUUCCGACUAUCGUGACCUGAUGGCGUGGAUCAACUCUAUGAUGGCUCUCGUCAGUUCUGAGGAGCUCGCCAACGACGUGACUGGCGCAGAAGCUCUGCUGGAAAGGCAUCAGACUCAGCGGCUGGAGAUUGACGCGCGAUACGGCGUAAUGCCGCAGGAACACCGUACGGAAAUGGACGCUCGCGCAGGCACCUUCCAAGCCCUCGAAUUGUUCGGUCAGCAGCUGUUACAAGGCGGACAUUACGCCAGUCUUGAAAUUCAGGAGAAGCUCAGCGGAAUGGCCGAUGCUAGACAAGAGCUUGAGAAAGCCUGGGUGGCGCGUCGCAUGAAACUCGACCAAAACCUGGAAUUGCAACUCUUCUACCGUGACUGUGAACAAGCCGAAGGCUGGAUGGCGGCUCGUGAAGCAUUCCUAGCACCAACCAGUGCUGACCAGGAUCAACCUGAUGCCGCACCGGAUAAUGUAGAACAGCUGAUCAAGAAGCACGAGGACUUCGAUAAGGCUAUCAAUGCUCACGAGGAGAAAAUAGCCCAACUGCAAACUCUGGCGGAACAGCUGGUUGCGUCUGAGCACUAUGCGGCAGAUGACAUCGGCAAGAAAAGGCAGCAGGUGUUAGACCGGUGGAGGCAUCUCAAGGAAGCCCUUAUUGAGAAGAGAUCUAGGUUGGGCGAUGAACAAACUUUGCAACAAUUCUCUCGUGAUGCUGACGAGAUGGAAAAUUGGAUCGCGGAAAAGCUGCAGCUCGCUACUGAAGAAAGCUACAAGGACCCAGCAAACAUCCAAUCGAAGCACCAAAAACACCAAGCCUUCGAGGCUGAACUCGCAGCCAACGCCGAAAGGAUUCAGUCCGUACUCGCGAUGGGUGGUAACCUCGUUCAGCGAGGACAGUGCAGUGGAAGUGAAGAUGCUGUACAGGCUCGGCUCGCCUCUAUUGCUGACCAAUGGGAGUUCCUGACGCAGAAGACUACAGAGAAAUCUUUGAAGCUAAAAGAAGCAAACAAACAACGCACGUACAUUGCCGCAGUCAAGGAUCUUGAUUUCUGGCUGGGAGAGGUUGAGAGUCUGUUAACAUCUGAAGAUUCGGGCAAGGAUUUGGCUUCCGUUCAGAACUUGAUGAAGAAGCACCAGCUCGUCGAGGCCGACAUUCAGGCGCACGAAGAUAGGAUUAACGAUAUGAACGCUCAAGCCGACGCCCUAGUAUCAUCCGGUCAGUUCGAUAGUGCGGGAAUUGGGUCCCGCCGUGCGGCGAUAAACGAUCGUUUUGAACGCGUUCGUUCGCUCGCAGCACACAGACGUGCUCGUUUACACGAGGCUAACACUUUGCAUCAGUUCUUCAGGGAUAUUGCUGAUGAGGAGUCCUGGAUCAAGGAAAAGAAACUCUUAGUCGCCUCGGACGAUUACGGUCGCGAUCUAACCGGAGUGCAGAACCUGUUGAAAAAGCACAAACGACUCGAGGCUGAAUUGGCGAGCCACGAACCCGCUAUCCAGGCUGUUCAAGAAGCUGGAGAGAAGCUUAUGGAUGUCUCCAACGCUGGGGCCAACGAGAUUGAGUUGAGGCUAAAGGCCCUCGCCCUAGCCUGGUCUGAGCUGCAGGCCCUGGCGGCUGAUAGAGGUGCCAAAUUGCAGCAGUCCCUUGCCUACCAACAGUAUCUGGCUAAGCUGGACGAAGAGGAGGCUUGGAUCAGCGAGAAACAACAACUAGUGGUGGUUGGCGAAUGUGGAGACAGCAUGGCUGCAGUACAAGGACUACUGAAGAAGCACGAAGCUCUGGAAGCAGAGUUGGCAGCUCGCGGAGAAAGAGUCCGUGACUUAACGGCAGAGGGAGAAAGAUUAUUGGCCGCCGGGAACAUACACGCAGAUGCGCUGGCGCACAGAUUGCAUGCACUACAGGCGAAACUUGAUAAGCUGACUUCGUUAGCUGCACGCAGAAAAGCGGCCUUGGUAGACAACUCUGCCUACCUGCAACUCCUAUGGAAGGCCGACGUGGUAGAAUCCUGGAUCGCAGACAAGGAAACCCACGUCCGGUCAGAUGAGUUCGGAAGGGACCUCUCCACAGUUCAGACACUGCUGACUAAACAGGACACCUUCGAUGCUGGUUUGACUGCAUUCGAACACGAGGGCAUUCAGAACAUCACGGCGCUUAAGGAGCAACUAGUCGGUGCCGGUCACGAACAAAGUGCAAGCAUAGCCAAGCGUCACGCGGACGUAAUUUCCCGUUGGCAACGGCUUCUCGCUGACUCGGCUGCUCGCAAACAACGUCUUUUGCAGUUGCAAGAUCAAUUCAGACAAAUCGAGGAACUUUAUCUUACAUUCGCGAAGAAGGCUUCGGCAUUCAACUCUUGGUUCGAAAACGCAGAAGAAGACCUUACUGACCCAGUGCGUUGUAACUCCAUCGAGGAGAUUCGCGCCCUUAGAGAUGCGCACGCACAAUUCCAGGCGUCACUAUCUUCGGCCCAAAGUGACUUCGAAGCGCUGGCAGCUCUAGACGAGCAGAUCAAGUCGUUCAACGUCGGUGCCAACCCUUACACUUGGUUCACCAUGGAGGCUCUCGAAGAGACAUGGCGCAAUCUGCGCAAAAUUAUCGCGGAACGUGACGUAGAGCUAACAAAGGAAGCGCAGAGACAGGAGGAGAACGACAAACUGCGAAAGGAGUUCGCCAAACACGCCAACGCCUUCCACCAGUGGCUCACUGAGACUCGGUACCGGCUCCUCGGCUGGGACGGGACAUCGAUGAUGGAAGGAACAGGGUCUUUAGAGCAGCAACUGGCAACUCUGAGAACUCGGGCCGGUGAGGUGCGCUCACGCAGACAGGACCUAAGACGCCUUGAAGAGCUUGGUGCAGCACUAGAGGAACACUUGAUCCUGGAUAACCGCUACACGGAGCACAGCACCGUGGGCCUGGCACAGCAGUGGGACCAACUGGACCAGCUAUCCAUGCGCAUGCAGCACAACCUGGAACAGCAGAUACAGGCCAGAAACCACUCUGGUGUAAGCGAGGACGCUCUAAAGGAAUUCUCGAUGAUGUUCAAGCACUUCGACAAGGAUCGUUCUGGGCGUCUCAACGCGCAUGAGUUCAAAUCGUGUCUGCGUGCUCUCGGGUAUGACCUGCCCAUGGUCGAGGAGGGUCAACCCGACCCCGAGUUUGAAGCUAUACUCAACAUCGUAGACCCGAACCGCGACGGCCAAGUGUCCCUCCAAGAGUACAUGGCGUUUAUGAUCAGCAAGGAAACGGAAAACGUGCAAUCCUCGGAAGAGAUCGAGAACGCCUUCAGAGCUAUCGCAGCUCAUCACGACCGUGCCUACGUAACCAAGGAGGAGCUCUAUGCGAACCUUACAAAGGAGAUGGCCGACUACUGCGUAGCGCGCAUGAAGCCAUAUAUGGAGCCCAAGUCGGAGCGAGCCAUCCCCAACGCCCUCGACUACAUAGACUUCACUCGCACGCUUUUUCAAAACUAAAUAUAUUAUUGAGAAUAAUAUCUCAUAAAAAUGUCUUUUAUUAUCACCUGAGCUUGCAUUCCAAUUGUCAUUAAUCACGUAAGAGUGAACGUAGUGGUGUGUAUUCCUUCCCUCUGAAUAAGCAGAGAGAUCAGAAGCUGCCCUUUUCAGCGUUAAUUGCAUUUUGCGAGCUAUAUUCGUAAUUUAUAUUCUUACAUCGCCUUGCUUAAGAUUUAUUUAUUUUUUGUAUCCAAUUAUUCAAUAAAUUCGUUUAACUUCUA